AUGGGGAAGCAACUUGCUAAGAAGAUCACUUGGGCUAUCGAGAAUUUUUCAUCUUUACAUUCAAAGAAAAUUUAUUCUGAUCCAUUCAUCGUCGGUGGAUGUAAAUGGCGUUUUCUUGUCUAUCCCAAGGGAAAUAAUGUUGAUUACUUAUUUCUGUAUUUGGAAGUAGCUGAUUAUGAAUCAUUGUCACCCGAAUGGAGAAGACAUGCCCGAUAUCUCCUAAAUGUAGUAAAUCAAAAUUCGGUGAAACGUUCCAAACAAAAUGAAGAACAAAAGUGGUUUGAUGUGCAGUCUCCUCGCUGGGGUCGCCUAUCCAUGUUUCCUCUAAAUGAAAUCAAUGCCAAAGAUAGCGGGUUUCUGGUUAAUGGAGAACUCAAGAUUGUUGCCGAGAUAGAGGUUCUUGAAGUUAUUGGGAAACUCGAUGUGUCAGAGGAAACUUCAACAAUAAUGGAAAGCAUGGAUUUUAAUGGCUUUCAACUUCUUCCCUCACAGGUGGACUUUGUGAGGCAUAUGUUUGAAAAACACCCAGAGAUUGCAUCUGAAUUCCGUUUAAAGAACCCAAAUCUUAGGGCAGGUUACAUGAGCUUGCUACUCAGUCUCAUUGAGACUCUGCGCCAGUCGCCUCAGGAGCUCAACAAGGUUGAUCUAGCUGAGGGAUAUGUUGCACUCAGAUCCAUAACUGAUGCUGGAUUUAAGGUUGAUUGGUUGGAGAAGAAACUUGUUGAGAUAUCAGAAAAGAAGAAUAAAGAGGAGGCUGGUGAAACUCGGAUGCAGGAAAUCAAUGAAGAGCUGGAAAGUUUGAAACAGAAAUGCUUAGACCUGGAAGCUCAGCUGGAGAAGGAGAAAGCAGAGGUCUUUGCUGCAAAAUCUCCUCUAUCAUUCAAUGAUGUUUUUUAA